AUGGGGCAGUGGCCUGAGCCACAGCAAGCCCCGAGGUGCCUUCUUGCAGAACUGGCUAAUAGCCACCCUAAGCAGGGGGCCUCGCCCCACUCCCAGCUGGGGUUCCCCCUGGAGGAAGGGCUGGGCAGCUCUGUGCCCUUGAGUCUGGACGAGGUCUUGGAGAGCUAUGAGUCCAGCCACCUGGUGUCCUCUGCCUCCAUCCCGGAGCAGGACCCCCCCGAGUGUUGGAAGCGGAUGGAGCCAUGGUGAGUUUCACUGGCAUUUGGGUGGGUCCUACGGGGACACAAGGACCGCUGUGAGCAUGCCAUGCUGGGCCUGCAGCAGGAGCUGCUCCAGGUGCGGGCCUGCGUGCAGCUGCAAGACUCAGAGCUGAGGAAGCUGCGGCAGGCAGCCGGGGGCCCUGACAGGGUGAGCUGUCACUGUCCCAGGCGCCAGGGACCCCAGAACCAGAUGCAGGUCCUGGACGAGAGGCUGGUGGUUGUCCGGGAGGCCCUGACCCAGAUCAGAAAGGAGCGGGCGCUGCAGGACGCUGAGCGGCAGGAUGCUGAGCAGGAGGCCGGCUUCAGGCUGGCCAAGCUGACCAGGAAGCUGGGACGAGAGCAGGACCAGGAGGUCGCCUGCGGCGCCCUGCAGAGGAGCCGGGCAGAGGCCAGCCAGAGGGUAGGUCGGGGGGUGGCCAGGAUGCAGGUGACCAAGCUCGGCAAGGAGAUGAGCCUGCGCUUCCUGAAGAAGGAGGCCAAGCUGUGCGGCUUCUUGCAGAAGAGCUCCCUGGCCCGGGAGCAGGUGGGUGCCGGGACCGCUGGCUGGGCCUGGGUCUCUGGGAAUCCCUGCAGACAGUGCGUCUCCCCGAAGAGGUUGAAGGCCUCGGGGUGCGUGCGGCUGAAGGCAGAGAGCCGCCUGCAGGGGGAGCCGGAGAGCAGGCAGCAGCCGCUCAGCGAGCUGACCCAGCAGCUGUGCAGGCCCUGCAGGGGCAGCUGGAGGUGGGCGGCUGUGGCUGCCGCCUGGGGGCACUGGGGGCUCAGGGCCGCCCCACACAGCAGCAGGAAGAAGGCCUCCGGGUGGGCAGCGCCAGGGCCUGGACAAGGCUGUGGUCCAGUUGACCAGGUUGGUGCAGCAGAACCAGCUGUCGCUGGACCACGUCUUGCUGGCCAUGCGGGCAGCCUGGCGCGUGUCCCAAGGGGCUGUCGGGGUGUGUGGGAGGCAGUGGGUGGACAGGAGCCGUCCUUGCGGCCCGCAGCCUCUGAGCCCAGGGCUAGGCCUGCCACACCCUCUGGUGGGGCUUCCUACCCGCCCGGCCGCGGGACUGGCCUCACUGGGAUCCUGCCAGGCCAAAGGGCCCCUGUGACCACACUCCGUCCUCGGCUCCCUGGGUUCUGGAGACAGCAGCCGGGCUCACCUCCCUGGCCCAGCGCUGAGGGGCAGUCUAGGUGGCACCUACCCCCAGGGACACCAGGGGGCACUUGGAGGAGAGCCAGUGCGGGGGUGGGGGAGCGAGCUGCCUACCCGCAGGAGAGCCUGGAGGCCAUGCGGCUGGCCGGGGAGCUGGCCCAGUGGGAGACGCUCAGUGCGCUGAAGCUGGUGAGGGCACGGGGCUGGCCGGGCUCCCUGGAGGGGCCCCCACGUGCCCAGGCACCCACACUCAACCUGGUGCAGGCAGGUUGCUCUCUGGUACUGUCCCUUCCAGCUCCUGGUGGGCAGCAGGCUUUCAUGUGGACGCCCAAGCCAAGCCAGGCCUUCUUAGGGAUGAGCUCUGCUCAGCCUGGGGCCCUGCCUGUGGGACCCGGGUCUGCAGAGAGCAUGCAGCCAGGCUGUCUGGGGGCUGUGUGGGCAUGCUUGGAGCCCGAGGUGGAUGCCAUGCCCCGGCUGGCGCCGCCUCCCUGCUCCCCACAUCCUGUCCUUGGCUACCUACCUGGCCCCGCAUUUCAGACAGAGGCUGUUUCCGACAAGUGCCUCCUUCACAAGAGCGACUCUGACCUCAAGAUCUCUGCAGAGGGCAAAGCCAGGGGAGACCCUUUUGAGGUCGGGGCCAUGCGGCAGGAGCUGGCUGCCCUGCUGGACUGUCAGCACCUCAGGGAUGGCCACUGCCGGCAGAAGAUUGCCGAGAUCCAGGGCAAGCUGGCCACGUUUCAGAACCAAAUGAUAAAACUGGAAAACAGCCUUCAGGACAACAAAGCCAUCCAGACCUCAGGCUUCCCCGAGAGCAGGCUGCACGCAGAGGAGAUGGCCAUCCUGCGGGAGGGCGUGAUGCGGCUGUGGAGUGAGGUGGGCCUGGGGGCCCUGACGCCGGGCAGCAAGAGCGUCCUUGUGUCUCUAGUGAUGCAGCAGUUCUUCAUCAAGGACGUGGCACCUGGCGAGGUGGUCCCGUGGGGCGUGUAUCAGGCCAUGAGCUGGCUGCAGUGGAAGGCAGUCCUCAUGAACCUGGUGGCCCAGAGGAGGCCGAGAACGGUCUUGGAGAAGGCCCUCAGCCGGGAGCCUGCCCACCGGCUCACAUCCGUGUCCCUUUCCCAGAAAUAAAUGUGCCAGUCCCUGUGACUGUCAGAGUCCAGAG